CAGCUAGGUCAGAGGGACGAAAAGAGUGUGUGUGUAUAAAAUAAAAACUCAACUGUGAGAAUGACAGUCACUUGAAAUGCCAAGACAAAGCAGUGGUUCUGCAUGGCUUUGCCAGUCCAUUUUAAAAGCCACAUAAGCUGUCCUUUCUCUAGCAAAACCCUGCUAGGGAGCCAGUGCAAGGAGAGCAAAGCCCCUCGGCUGGGCUGCCUGUUUCCCCAGCCGCUGCUGCUGCUGGCACAGGAUGUCUUCAGAGCCAGCGUCAGGUGCUGACCCCGGCAGGAGAGGCCUGAAGAAGCCACGUCCGUUCAGCAUCGAGGACAUCCUCUCCAGCCCUGCAAAGAAGAACCCCCAGCUCUUGGUGCCACUGUACCUACAGAACAUGUUGGACUGCACACCCAAGCAGCUGUGUGAGCUGGAGACCAUCCCAGCUAGCUCCCUGCAGGAGGAGGAGGAAGAAGAGGAGGAAGAACUGGAAGGGGCAGGCUGCAACUGCUGCUGCUGCUCUCACACGAGCGCCCGUUCCCUGCAGGACCUGCCGGGCUGGCUGGAUGCCCGGUUCCCCUGGCCCAUGCAGCUCUUCCACCCAGCAGUCAGGGUCUGUAGGAGUUCCCAGAAGUCAAGCGAGCUGCAGACCUUCCAGCAGAUGCAGCGCCGCACACGCCGGCACCGCACCAUAUUCACCGAGGAGCAGCUGCAGGCCCUGGAGACGCUUUUCCACCAGAACCAGUACCCGGACGUCGUCACCCGUGAGCACCUGGCAAACCGCAUUCACCUGAAGGAGGAGAGGGUAGAGGUUUGGUUUAAAAAUCGUCGGGCGAAGUGGCGGCAUCAGAAGAGGGUGACUGCCUCAGCACUGAUCCUCCAGGCCAAGCAGCCCCCCAAGGAGAGCUGUUAG